AUGAAGAUUCUGCGACCAUCGUUUCUUGCCCUCCUACUCGGCUGCUACAUCUCAGCAAGCCAAGCGAACCGCGUCUACAUCCACCCCUUUACUCUCUUUGCCGCCGAGAAUGUCAGUUGUGAGACCCUGCAUACCCAGACGUCCAAGCCUCUUAGGACACUUCCAGUGGCCCCCCUCGAUAUUGAAGUCCUGACACCAGACAGCAGGGAUCUGUCUAAGGUGGAUACGCAGAGGCAGAAUAUCACAGUGAGGACCAUGGUUCUAGCACAGCUGUUGAACACUGCGGGUCUGAGGUUUUACCAGGCUCUCAGCAGCAAACAGAAAAGCAGCAACACCCUACUCUCUCCUAUCAACACCUACGGAUCCCUCGUCACCUUCUACCUGGCAGCAUCCAAGAGGACAGCGAGCUCAUACCAGGUCUUUGCAUGAGAUGAAUUUGUUUUAUCUACCAUUUUUAGCAGCAAGAAAAGACGACACAUUCACUUAAUUCCUCAGGAAAUUAUUGGCUGGUGUACAAAUAUUGGCAGAAACAGACAUAACAACCUACUUUUAUUUGUGCUGUUCAGAUAAACAACUCUACACUCUACAUCGAGUCCUGUUGGUUCAGUUUAUAACAUAAAUGUUUCCUAAUCCUCUCCUUCCAGCUUUUACUGGGUCUGAGCAGUGGUACCGACCCAGAGGACUGCGUCUCCUUAGUGGAUGGACACAAAGUUCUCAAGACCCUUCAGAGCAUCAACUCUCUGGUGGAUGACGGGCCCAAAGAUGAAAUCACAACCCAGGUCUGGGCCUUCUCUCGCCAAGGAGCUCAACUUUCCGAGGACUUUAUUCAGGGCACACAGGACUUCUCUGAUACGUCGUUCAUCCGCAGCGUUGACUUCUCCAAUCCACAAGAGGCGGAGCAGGUAGUGAACACCUUUGUGGAGAAGACAUCGGACGGGAAGGUGAAGGGCAUUUUUGGAGACGUGAACGCCAGCAGCGACCUCCUGUUUCUUACCUCCCUGAACUUCCAAGGUCAGUGUUGUCCUCUUCUUUUGUUUAGACCUCUGCUGAGUUGAUUCGAUUUCAUUUUGAAUCAAUAACACUUUACAGAUUGCUUCAUUAACUCUAGAGGAACACAGAAAGAUACAGGGUUACACAUCGUUCUUCAUUGUAUUGUGUCUACAUGACUUUGUCAGUUGACCCAUUGUGUAAUACCGAAGUGAAACAUUGGUAGACCUGACUGUGGAACUUUUGUUGGGUCUGUCUAGGCAACUGGAGGACAGCUUUCCAACCAGAGACGACCUCCAUGCAGGAGUUUUACGUGGAUGACACAACCACGGUGAUGGCUCCACUGAUGACCCACACAGGUCAUUACCACUACCUGAAUGAUAAGGUAAAUCUUUGUUCAGGAUCUUGAACUCUAAAACUCUCAGGAGAGUUUGCAGACCCUGAGUUUAUUCAAUGAACUCAUUUGUAAAAUGUUUCUUUUUUUCAUGUCUGUAGGUUCGCCGUUGCACGGUUGUGAAGCUGUCUUUGAGCAAGCGGUCUUACAUGAUGCUUGUCCUGCCUCAUGAAGGCACCAAGCUGCAUGAUAUAGAGUCAAAGCUGCGCAGUGAUGACAUUUCUGGCUGGUAUCAGAACCUCCAAGAAGGGUGGGUAUUGUAUUAUCUAAAGUCCUAAAUACUAAGAAUUAAUGAACUAUGAUUCUACAUGAUCUUUAUUUUAUUUAUAGCUGUGUGGUGCAAAUCCUUUUCAAGUAGGAAUUCGCAAUCUGUACCAUGACCUGAUGUUUAGCUGUCACGUUUUCUGCUCCUGAUAGUAUUUAACUGGGUUCUAAUAUAAGUUUUUGUGUUGAAUACCUUAAAUUUUAGGCCUUUGUUAAUGUAAAUGACAAUUAAUAAGUAAUUACUUGAGUGGAUACAGGAUAUUUGUUCCUAAGUUAAAGUUAAAAUACCUUCGCUGUUGCUCUGAGGUGAAGUGGAUCAUCUUCAAAACAACAGAUUUGUGGUUUUAUCCUUUACUCUUGCCAUCUGCAGGUCGAAAAGUCUUUUGACUUACAAUUGUUUGCAAAGGUAGAGCAUGUGAAAAUCACUGAGAGGAUGAAUACUGAUAUGCAGGAGCUGUAAAUGCUUUAAAUGGUCAUCUGUGUGUUAAUUUAGCGAAUUACUAUCUAUUGUUCAAAUUCUCAAGUAUAUUAAUAAGGCUAAGUAUGUUUCUCACCCUUCUGUCCAUCCUCUCAGCCUUCUGGAGCUCACACUCCCGAAGUUCUCCAUGUCCUCUGUAACCAACAUGCAUGAGCUUCUGCUCAAUGUGGACCCAGAAGUGGAGGCCAAACUUCUGGGAUCCCAGGCGGAGUUCAGCCAACUCAGCGACACCAAACCCUUCACCAUAGACAAAGUGGGUGCUCAUCUGCUCAUAUUCUAACGAGAAAAUCACUGUGUUGACGCACAUCAAUCAAAGAUCUUCCUUUCUCCUUUCAGGUGGUCAACAAAGUGACGUUUGAGAUGACAGAGGAUGACGCUGAACCUCAGGACAUGAUCCCGGCAGAAGGAGUCCCUCUAAAACUGUCCAUCAACCGGCCGUUCUUCUUUUCCGUCAUAGAGGGAGACUCUGACGCUAUCCUCAUGUUGGGCAAGAUCACAAACCCUACCCUCUAG